UUUAUCAACCCGUGAGUCCGCUGCUCGGACCGUCAAACUGCUGCUACCUGCUUUCAUCACUGAGGUGUUCUAGGUGGCAUUAUGGGACAGAGGGUCUUCUGCUUGAAAGGAAAGCAACUGUCUGACACUGAGGAUCCUUGUAACGUUCAGCACUUCAUUGUGUGUUUACACACUUCAAAGACAUUGAAGAUUUUCUAAAUUGGUUCCCAGCACAACCUGAUAAACACAUCUUUAAUUCUCCUGGGACAAUGCUGUGCUCCUCGCUCCGAACGUCCCUCCCUCACCUCUUGUCUCUGAGGCUUCUGGGUACUGCCACCUCCAGGACAGCGGCGGUCCGGCAGCCGGGGCUCCUCUCUGCAAGCCUGGCAUUUGAGGAUCCCAGCGCCUUCAGGGUGAAGAGUCUGGCCGAGCUUCUCCGUGCUCUGGGUGUCUUCCACCUGUGCUCCUUCCCUCUGCUGGUAAACAACUGUGGAAAGCUGAUGGCAGGAGCACGCACCCUCCUGGGGAGGAGGGGGUUCUCUUUACUGCUGCGGCCCACCGUCUAUGCCCAGUUUGUGGCCGGAGAAAACGAGAGGGAGAUCUCCCAGUCCAUGGGGAAGAUGAGCUUGUUGGGACUGAGGCCCAUGUUGGCUGUCCCCAUAGAGGAAGACCUUGGAGAGAGUACGGGAGAAACAAGAUACGACUACAACAUGGAGGCCAUGCUGGAAUGUGUUCGCAUGUCGCACAGCAACGCUUGGAGCAAAGACCCGAUGAUGCAGCUGAAGAUCACAGCUCUGCUCAGUCCGGAGCUGUGUGUCAAACUCACAACCCUGAUUGCCCGACAACCGUACGAUGUGAGCCUCCUUGUCCGAGCAAUGGAUGGAGAAAGAUUAACUUUUCCUGGGUUAGAGGAAGAAGAUGCGGCACAUUUCAUGUGUGGUCUGCAGAGACUGAACAAAAUAGCAGAGGCGAGUGUUAACAAAGUCAGAGUGCUGGUCGAUGCAGAGUACACCUACAUGAACCCGGCUCUCACUCUGGUCACGAUGGCGCUGAUGAAGAAGUUCAACAAAGAUGGCGCCUGGAUCUGGAACACAUAUCAAUGUUAUCUAAAGGAGUCCAGGUCUCUGCUGUCAGAGGCGCUGCACCUGUCACAGACUGAAGGCUUCUGUCUGGGGGUGAAGCUCGUACGAGGUGCCUACAUGGACAAAGAGCGAAAGCUGGCUGAGAAGGAGGGCCGGCUGGACCCAAUUCACCCCAGCUGGGAGGAGACCAAUAAGAGUUAUAACGGCUGCCUGGACGUGAUGCUGGAAGCCAUAUCCCAGAAACCCGACCGCUGCAGGGUCAUCGUGGCUACGCACAACGAGGAGUCUGUGAGACGAGCUGCUAACAGGAUGGAGGAGCUGGGGAUAGACAAAGAUGGCGGCUCGGUGUGUUUCGGCCAGCUGCUGGGGAUGUGUGAUCACGUCUCCCUCACUCUGGGUGAGAUGAACGCUCCAAAGGAGGGCUAUCCUGUGUACAAGUCGGUGCCGUACGGCUCAGUGGACGACACGCUGCCCUACCUGGUGCGCCGGGCCCAGGAGAACCGCACCGUGCUGCAGGGCAUCCGCAAAGAAAGAGACCUGCUGAGGCAGGAGCUCAGACACAGAAUGAGGCUGAGACUGAGGGGUGGCGGCUAAUAACAGAUAAUCAGCACAGAGACGCUGCUGCCGAAACACUCAGAACACUCAGAACAAUCUAGACCCAAAGACGUGUAUCCACUUCCUGUUAUGAUGGAGACUCACUUUAUUGUCCUAAAAGCUUUCCAAGACUCGCUUAAGUAACUUAUGCCUUUUCUGUUAAACGCUUCAGGAAGGUGUGUGCUUUGCCAGGAGUGUUUUUUUUUUAUUAAAAUAUAUUUAAUUGCGGAUGUCACUUUAAAGCUAUUGACAUAUAAGAGGUAGGUUGAGGUUAACGUGGUGAGAUCAUCUAUAAGCAUAACUAAAGUGGAAUUGGACCCUGCAAACAUGAACCAAAACACAUCAGUAAAUCCACCAAGGACUGGCUGAGAACGUAGAAACAAAAGUCCCAAAUACGGCCUAGUCAAAGCCUAGAUGUUGAGCUUGUGGAGAUGCUGUCAGGGUGACUUGAUACAGGCUGAACCUGCAGAAAACGCCUCAAAGGAAGGGGUCCGUUUUCCUCAGGCCGAUAGCAGAGGUGGUAGAUGGAUCCAGCUGUUAGGGACCAGGGUGUCCAAACUUUUUCUUUACUUAGGAUUUUGCAUUAUAGGAUUAAAAAAAAAAAGUGUAAUUCACCUUCUACCUCAUUAUCUUUAUCUGUUACUUUCCUGAACACUAAUAAAAUGUAACCCUUGUUCAUUGCAUGUUUGUUUGUCUGUUUUUUUUGCCUUCAUUAUGUGUAAUGUAAACUGUAAUGUG